AUGACAUUGUAAAUAUACGAAUUACCUUUUCAGUUGCUUCACAUUCCUUUCUGAACUGCACAAGUUAGUUAUUUAGCCCGCGAAACACCUUAGAAUAAAACCGGGAGUCGAGGUAAGUUCUAAACGGAGUUAGCUAGGUUAGCUAGCUUGUCACAUGUGGAAAAAGCGAAAGCAGCGCGAGGUGAAAGUCCGUUCAUUGUACUGAUACUUCAAUGGUCUCGAUGGCUCUUUCGUGCAUGCGUCUGAGCUCCAGACGCGCCGGCGCCGGGCUUCGAGUCUUUGGUUAUGCGACGGUCAGCAAGGCGUCCCGACCCCAGGAGAACACCAGCGGCGAUCCGGUGUUUCGGUAUGUCGGCCGGCACAAGAAGCCCACCCACAAAGUGUUCGUCUGGGGCUUCAGCUUCACCGGCGCUCUGGGGAUCCCCAGCUUCGUGGUGCCGGACAGCGGCAGGAAGUCGCCCCGCAAAUACCAGCUGACUCCUUACCGCCUGGACACCGCAGAGCAGAUCUCCUCGGCUGCUUGUGGUUACGGCUUCACUCUCAUCGCCUCGACAACCAGAGACGUGAUCAAGCUGUGGGGCAUGGGCCUGAACAAGGACUCUCAGCUGGGCUUCCAGCGCACGCAGCACAGCCGCCAUCAGAGCUACGACUUCUCGUUGGAGCCGUCCCCGGUGGCGCUGCCCCUCGCCGAGCCGCUGCAGACCCGAGUGGUUCAGGUCGCGUGCGGCCGCGCCCACUCCCUGAUCCUCACCGACCGGGAGGGCGUUUUCAGUAUGGGCAACAAUGCGUACGGCCAGUGCGGACGGCCGAUAGUUGAAGACGAGGUUUACAGCGGCAGUCACACCAUCCACAAUAUGGAGGUGUUGGACAGCAGGGUGGUCCAGGUGGCGUGUGGUCAGGAUCACAGCCUCUUCCUCACCGAGAGGGGAACCGUGUUUGCGUGUGGAUGGGGCGCCGACGGUCAGACGGGUCUGGGACACCACGACGUCAGCGCCCGGCCGCUGCAGGUGGGCGGGGCUCUGUGCGGGGUGGAGGUGCGGCAGCUCAGCACGUAUGGAGACUGCAGCCUGGCCGUGUCCACGGACGGGCGGCUGUUCGGCUGGGGCAACUCUGAGUACCGGCAGCUGGCCUCGGUCACCGAGUCCACCCAGCUCAACUCUCCUCGACUUGUUCCUCUGGCCGGCUGUGGGAAGGUGGUGCAGGCGGCGUGUGGAGGAACACAGGUGGCCAUUCUCAACGAGAGAGGACAGGUGUUCGUGUGGGGCUACGGCAUUCUGGGAAAAGGCCCCGAACUCUCCGAGUCCUCGACCCCGGAGAUGAUCCCCUCGGCGCUGUUCGGGGCCUCCGAGUUCCACCCGGCGGUCGCCGUCACCGCCGUCCGCUGCGGCCUCGACCACUUCGCCGCGGUGACCGAUCGAGGAGAACUGUUCGUCUGGGGGAAGAAUGUGAGAGGCUGCCUGGGCAUCGGCAAGAGGGACGACCAGUACUUCCCCUGGAGGGUGACCGUGCCCGGCCACGUGGUGGACGUGGCGUGUGGCGUCGACCACAUGGUGGCGCUGGUGAAGUCUCUCCUGUGAGCUGCGGGCGAAAGGCUUGGAUGUUUUGCUGACCACCCCUCCUCCUCCUCCUCUUCCUCCUCGGGGCCACUCUGGGGUCUCGCAGCCAGCUGCUCUCCGCGGGCUCGAGGACCCUCGUCCCCCCGAGGUCAGAGCGCUGGCCUCCGACUCGUCUCCCGUGACUUCGUGGAGGUCGACUGGUGAAGACUUGGAGGACGAUUCGGUUUAUUGGGACUAAUCGAUUGAUCGAUUGAGGGAAUAAUUCUACGUUGUGCGGAUUUUUCUGCUUUUCUCUCGAUUGAACAUACAUUUUUUUUCUGUGUUUGGAGAAAACGAAACAUUUGAAGCUGAGAACAUUUCCCCGAUUAUUGUAUCGAUAAAACAAUGAAUUGAUAUAUAUAAGUGUGUGUGUAUGUAUACGUUAACGCGUUUUGAUUAAAUUACAGUAUUAAUUAGUUACA